GCAUGCCAUGGUAACAAUUGUUUUUUUUUGCUUAUGGUAUUGAUAUAUAACAUUUUAUAUAGGUCGUACAACUAUUGUAAUUGCUCAUCGUUUGACUACAAUUCAAAAUGCUCAUCAAAUAUAUGUAUUAGAUAAAGGAAGUAUAAUUGAAGAAGGUACACAUGAAACAUUGAUGGCAAAAGAAGGAGGCAAAUAUCAAGCAAUGGUCAAACGUCAACAAAUCGAAGGAAUCUAUGAUGAUCAAGAUGAUAUGAUGAGCAUACAAAAAGCAACAGAAGAAGAUGAAAAGUCAAUACUUGAGCGAUCUCGUUUAAUGAGUGAUGGUCAAAUUCUUGAUAUCAACAAACAAAGUUCAAAAUCAUUUAGACAAAGAUUUGUCUUUUUAAGGCUUUUGUCAAUGAAUAGUCCUGAAUGGAUUACGAUCUUAAUUGGUUGUAUAGCAUGUAUACUUAAUGGAGCAGCUCAACCAUUAUUUGCAUUUUUGCUUGUCCAUCUAGUGGAGGCGCUCCAAUAUUGUUUAGCUUCUGAACGACGUCAUCACAUAUUGCUUACUAGUUUUCUUUUUUUACUUUUGGGUGCUCUUUUAUUUAUUCUUCGUUUCUUCCAGUAUACUGCUUUUGCCAUAUCAGGAUCAAAAUUGACAGAACGUAUUCGUUCGAAAGCUUUUGCAUGUCUUCUUCGUCAAGAAGUUGCUUAUUUUGAUCGACCUGAAAAUAGUUCUGGUGCAAUUUGUACUCGCCUUUCUUCUGACGCAUCAGCUGUUCAAGAGAUGACUGGUACACGAUUAGGAGUCAUCUGUGAAGUUCUUGCUCUAUCAUUUUUUGGAAUUAUCUUUGGAUUCGCCUAUGGCGAAGUAUGCUUACGUCUAUGGCGGAAUCAACAAUCUGAUCAAAUAAUCACACGAGCAAGCGCAUUUGCUGCUGAAGUUCUUCACAAUAUGCGUACAAUAAAACAAAUAUCAAUAGAAAAGGAAGUAUUACGACAAUAUUCUGAACUUAUUCAUAAACUAUUUAUAUCAUCUUGGAAACCUUUAUUAUUAUCAUCCAUGGCAUUUAGUAUAUUUUGGACACUCGAUGUAUAUGCUUUGGCAUUUCUGUAUUGGCGUGCUCUCAUCCUUAUUGAAAAAAAUGAACUCACCUCAAGCCAUAUUAUAGCGGUCUUUGCUUUUGCUGUUUUUACAAUACAAGCACUAAAAGUCCUCGGGAUGAUAUCUAGCCGCGUCGCUGCAUCAUUUUCAGCUGCCGAAGCAUUUUUUGAUUUAUUUGAUCGAAAAUCAGCUAUCGAUAAUACAUCUACUGAAGGACAAGAAUUAGUUGAUUUUCGUGGAGAAAUCAAAUUUGAUCAAGUCAAAUUUAUCUAUCCAACUCGACCAACAGCUAUAAUUCUUGAUAAAUUUCAAUUGAAUAUCAACCCAAGUCAACAUGUAGCUCUAGUUGGUAUGUUUCAAUUAGAUGUUUAUUCUUUUGAAUAUUAA